UCAGCGCGCGUGGGGGAAAGUCCGCCUUUCCUCCCCCCUCCUCUGGCAGGCGGGGUGGUGUGUCCCGUUCCUUUGGAGGGAGGGGCGGCGGGGGCGGCGCCUUUCCUCACAGUGACACACGGACCCGGCGCAGGGAAGAGGAGAGGGAGGCUGUAGCGGGAGCGCUUGGGAGUCGUAGCGGCGGCGGUUGGGAGUAGCUUCUAGCCUCCAGCAUGGCCGGGUCCAUAGAGACGGCCGUUCCGCCCGGCCGCGAGUUAGCCUCCUCUUCUUCUUCUUCCCCUUCGGCCCGGCAUUGUUGCUGCUGCCGCCGCCGAACCAUGCUUGCUUUACCCGGCUUGCUAUCGUUGGGUUUGCUCCUCUCCCGCGUCUGCUGCGGUGCCUUAGCUGGACCAAGAGUUGAUCCACACGUGAAAGCAGUUUGGGGAAAGAAUGUUACUUUGAAGUGCAUAAUUGAUAUCAACAAUGAAACUUUAACACAGAUUACUUGGGAAAAGAUACACGGGAAAACUAUUCAAAAUAUUGCAGUUCAUCAUCCUGACCUUGGAUUUUCUGUUCAAAGAGAAUAUGAAGGAAGAGUAUUAUUGAAAAACAACUCACUAACUGAUUCAUCUAUCAUCUUAAUUAAUGUUACCUUUUCUGAUUCUGGUGAAUAUGUAUGCAAAGCAGCUACAUUCCCUCUAGGGUAUUUCCAAUCAUCAACAAUUGUAGCUGUAUUGGUUGAACCAACUGUGAGCUUAACAAAGGGACCAAAUCCUUUAAUAGAUGGUGCCAAUCAGACAGUUGCAGCCAUUUGUACUGCAGCCACUGGAAAACCAGCUGCAGAGGUUUUCUGGGAAGGUGGUCUUGGUGAAAUGGAAUCCACUUCAACAUCGUAUCCAAAUGAAACAGUCACAGUGCAGAGCCAGUAUAAGCUUGUUCCUACCCGCUUUGCUAGAGGAAGACGUAUAGCUUGUAUUGUGAGGCACCCAGCCUUGGAAAAAGAGAUAAGAAUGCUUUAUGUGCUUGAUAUUCAAUAUUCUCCUGAGGUUACAGUAACUGGAUAUGAUGGAAACUGGUAUAUUGGAAGAGAGAAUGUCUUGCUCAGGUGUAAUGCUGAUGCAAAUCCACUACCAAUGGAGUUUACAUGGAGUCGGCUGGAUGGACAUUGGCCUGAGGGAUUACAGCCUUCCAACAAUACUUUGCAUUUCAACAGUCCUUUGUCUUACAAUUAUACUGGAACAUAUAUUUGUAAAGUGGCCAAUUCACUUGGUCAAAAAAGUGAUCAAAAGACUAUUUACAUAUUAGAUCCUCCCACUACUACCACUUCACCAUUCACGAUUCCAUGGCUUCCUUCAACUGAUGGCAACACAGGUUUAGCAACUCAACCAAAACUAAAGCUUUUUCCAACAUCAUCAUGGCCAGAAAUACAGGAAGACAAUUGGGGCACCAUCAUCGGUAGUGCAGUGGGUGGGGCUCUUUUCCUGAUACUUGUAUGUGUCCUGGUUGGAGCUGUCUGGUAUAGGAGAAGGAGGACGUUCCGUGGUGACUACUUCGCUAAGAACUACAGUCCACCAUCAGAUAUGCAAAAGGAGUCCCAGAUAGAUACCCUGCAGGUUGAGGAUGUGGAUUCUUACCCUGACAGUGUGAAAAAAGAAAUAAAACAUCCUGUGAACAGUCACUUAACUAAAGACUACAUGGGAGAAACUGAAAAAACAGACUGGAACAAAGUAGAUACUAUUAACAGAUACCAGGACAGGUAUGAAAGACCAAUGGAUUACUAUGAAAGUGGAACUCUGGGAAUGAAAUACUUGGGUGAUGAAUGUUAUGAUGAAAAUGAAGAUGAUUUAGUUUCACAUGUAGAUGGCUCUGUAAUAUCUCGGAAGGAAUGGUAUGUGUAAUGGUAACAUCCACCUUCGUGUCUUGACUAUAUAUAAAGUUCUUUCGUUAGCUGAUCACUUUCAGAUUGUUUAUACUUUUUCUUGAGGAAUAAGCGUUUCCAAGUUGAUUUUCAAGCUUUUUUAUAUUCUAACUUGACAAAUGAAAUGUAAAAACCUCAUUUAAGUGUACUGAAGCUGCUUUGAUUUUUUUUUCACAAUGCUGUACUACUGUCUUUCAUAAAAAUGAUUUUUAAUAUAGUGCUCUAUUUGACAUAUAGCACAAGAUAAGAACAACCUGCUACGUUUAAAAAAAUGAAAUUCUUAUAAAAAGUUUGAAUUGAAACAGCUGUCUUGUUAUUGUAAAUUUAUGAUAAAAAUUACCUUGAUAGAACUUUCUCAACUAGUUCUACUUAAUGGGAACAUGAUGAUGAUUCAGAAUCAGAGCUAAGGCACAUUUUGUUUACAGAAAUUACUUAAGAUAUGAACUAUUCUGAUGGCACAGUUUUUUUCAAAGCUUUAUUAGGUUUUCUGCACAGAAUGUAAUACCUCUACAUUUUUGAGCCUUGCCAUAAUUAGAUACUGUAUCUUUUACAGACAACUUGUUGCACUGAACCUGCUACAAUGGACAUUUCAAUGAACAGAAAUUGUAAUGUAACAGGAACAUUAUAUUUUUUUACACUGCAUCUUAUUUCCAAGCACUGGAAUAUGAGAAUUCAAAUCUUUUAGUUAAAUUUCAAGAACAAUCCCUUUCAUAAGGUUUAUUAUAUAUUGUUUCAAUUAAACAGCUUUCCUUAAAUAUUGUUCAGAAAAGACUUAAGUUUCCCUAACCAUUCUACUGAGUAUUUGUUAAGCACAAACCUAUAAAUGCAUUGAAUCUCAGAUGCAACUUCUAUAUUCAAUGAAGGUGCAUUUUAAGAAAUAAACAUUUGACUUAUCACAGAGUUUGGUGGUGUUUCGAGACAUAUAUGGGCUAUAUAAAGAGUUCUUACAGAGCAGGGGCCACUUUAAAAGCAAGAGUAACUUUAUGUAUAUGGUAAGCUACAAUCUUGGAUAAUUUGAAAAAAAGAAUGAAAAGGCAACACAAACAUAAAAUAUUGCUUAAAGAGAAAUCUUUCCUAAUAGCGUAUUUCCUGUGAGAUAUUUGGGGAAAUGUAUGUUGUUUCAGAAGAAAUGUUAUGGAAGCUUACUGUUAACCUAAGGAAUUGAAUAGAUGGGAGGAGCAAAUAUUUAUGACAAAAGGGAUGCAUGAUCUCUUGAAAAAGAGUAACUCUGGUGUUUAAAAAUUCUAUCAAUAGAUUUAGAACGUAGUUCAUUGUACAGAGGAUAAUGCAGUGCAACCAAUAAGAAUCAAAUAGUAGUUGUAAGCAUAUGUGCUUAGAAGCAAAAUCCAUUGAAAUCAGUGGAAUUUUUCUUUUCAUUAACUAUAAAAUUAAAAAGGUGAGUGUAUUUAAAGAAGUUGAAGUAACUUUAAAAUAUUAGUUGAAUUUGACAGCAUAAAUAUAUGAAAAAAUAGCGCUGCUUAGCAACUGUUUCCAAUAUAUGCUUGGAGUAUUAUGAACACAUUACAAAAAGAUCCACAGUAUUGUAGAGCUUUUCAGCAAUUAUAGUAUCUAUAAAGGUGCAGUUUUGACAGUACACUGUGAUUUGGUUGCUAUGUCUUUAAAAAUGUGACUGCAGCUUAAUAGUUAUUCAUUAAACUGGUUCUCUACAUAUCUUUCUCACAUUGAUAAUUCGAGUGUUAACAUUUUAUUUGACCAAAAUCCCUUUUCAAGGUUUUUGGAAGUUAAAUUAUUACACCAUAUUUCCUGUGAACUCAAGUGAGGUUUUUGUGAUCUGAUUUAUCAUCUAACUGAAGUAUUUGUUUCUAAUCAAAGUUAGUCUUUAGUCAGAUGCUUAAGCUAAUAGUGGAUUCUAAACUCUGCUUGGUUGGAGGAGGCAGUAAUUUGGUUUUUGGAUUUUGUUUUGAAGGAUUUUUUUUCCCUUUUGAUCUUCAACAUAGCUUGUGGUCCUAGGAACAUCUCCAUUGUAAUAUGCUCUGUAUGCCCUCUAAAUGCUGUUUUGUAACACAAAAAUCGAAAAGUACCCAAUAUUCUGUUUUUUAUUAUAAUUUGUUAAAUUUAUCAGAGUUUUACAGUUGAAUAUGAACAGAUUCAUAAUAGGUUUACAGUGUUCAAUGUUGCAGUGUUUCUUAAUGUAUGUUUGGUGUAAAUAGAGAAAUUUAUUGUAAGUACGAAUAGUUGUAUCAAAUAAAUCUUUUGUUAAAUUAACUUCUUGAAUGUAGGUCAUGCAUAAAUGACUGAAAUGCAUAUAAAAUAAAACAUCUAUAUUCAGCAAGUGUGGUAGGAUGGAAAAGUAUAGAAUAAUAUAGAAAAAUAGUUUCAAGUAUUUUGGCAUAAAUUAAAUAUGGCAAUUAUGAAGAAGUUAUUAAACAAUUUGAAAACCA